UCUUCGAUUCUUCUCGUCCUGGUCCUCCAUCAUGUCCGGCGUGGCCUCUACUCUGGCCAAGAAGCGGGCUUUGGCCGCGGGCUUCGGCUCCAGCGCCAACGCGGUCCCGUACCUGAACCAGCGGUUCGAAGCUCUGCGGACCCAGUAUCGGGAGUCCGGACAGCUGUUCUGCGACCCCACCUUCCCUGCGGGUCCAGAGGCUCUGGGUUUCAAGGAACUGGGCCGGAACUCCUACAAGACCCGCGGUGUCACCUGGAAGAGGCCCACGGAACUCGUCUCCAACCCUGAGUUCAUCAUGGGCGGAGCCACAAGGACUGACAUCUGCCAGGGAGCUCUGGGUGACUGCUGGCUGUUGGCAGCUAUCGCAUCUCUGACCCUUAACGAGUACGUGAUGGCUCGAGUCGUUCCCUCCGACCAGGGCUUUGGGGAUAACUACGCCGGUAUCUUCCACUUCCAGUUCUGGCAGUUUGGUGAGUGGGUGGACGUGGUGAUCGAUGACCGGCUGCCGGUUAAAGACGGAGAGCUGCUGUUUGUCCACUCAGCUGAAGGCAGGGAGUUCUGGAGUGCUCUGCUGGAGAAGGCCUACGCUAAAGUAAACGGCUGCUACGAGGCUCUGUCUGGAGGAUCCACCACAGAGGGCUUUGAGGACUUCACUGGAGGCAUCGCUGAGAACUACGACCUGAGGAACCCACCCAGCAACCUGUUCCAGAUCAUCAAGAAGGCUUUGGAGGCUGGAGCCCUGCUGGGCUGCUCCAUCGAUAUCACCAGCGCUGCAGAUUCAGAGGCUGUCACUCGUCAGAAACUGGUGAAAGGCCACGCCUACUCUCUGACAGGAGCUGUGGAGGUGAAUUACCGUGGCCGCCAGGAGAAGCUGGUGAGGAUGAGAAAUCCGUGGGGUCAGGUGGAGUGGACUGGAGCCUGGAGCGACGGGUCUUCUGAGUGGGACUACGUCCAAGGAGAUUGUCCUCACGCCAAUGCAGAGGACGGGGAGUUCUGGAUGUCUUUCAAUGACUUCCGACGUCACUACUCCCGCAUUGAGGUGUGCACUUUGACCCCUGACACCAUUGAGGACGACUCGGUCAAACAUUGGAGUGUCAGCAAGUUCGACGGCACCUGGAGGAGGGGCUCUACGGCCGGAGGCUGCAGGAACCACCCCUACACGUUCUGGAUGAACCCUCAGUUCGUCAUCAAACUGGAGGAGGAGGAUGAUGACCCCGAUGACGGCGAGGUCGGCUGCAGCUUCGUGGUUGGUCUGAUCCAGAAGAACCGCAGAAGGAUGAGGAAACAGGGAGAGGACAUGCACACUGUCGGAUUCGCCAUCUACGAACUCCCGUCACAGUUCCACGGCCAGAGGGAAGUCCACCUGGACAAGAACUUCUUCUUGACCCAUGCUCAGACCGCCAGAUCUGAGACCUUCAUAAACCUGCGGGAGGUCAGCAACCGGUUCAAACUGCCCCCAGGAGAGUACCUGAUCGUACCGUCCACCUUCGAACCACACCUGAAUGGGGACUUCUGCAUCCGUGUGUUCUCUGAGAAGCAGACUGAGACCCAACCCUGUGAUGACCCAGUCAGUGCUGAACUAGAGGAUGAAAUGGUGUCAGAUGAGGACGUGGACGCAGGAUUCAGAGGUCUGUUCGCCAAACUGGCCGGAGACGAUAUGGAGAUCUCUGCAGUGGAGCUGAGAACCAUCCUCAAUAAGAUUGUUGGCAAACGUACGGACCUAAAGACUGACGGCUUCAGCCUGGACACCUGUCGGGUCAUGGUGAACCUGAUGGAUGACAGCGGGAAUGGGAAGCUGGGUCUGGGAGAGUUCGCCACCCUGUGGAAGAAGGUGCAGAGAUACCUGUCGAUCUACAAGAAGAAUGACACCGAUAACUCUGGAACCAUGAGCACGCCUGAGAUGAGGGUCGCAUUCAAAGACGCAGGUUUCACUCUGAAUAACACCAUCUACCAGCUGCUGGUGGCUCGGUACUCGGACACCGACAUGACCAUUGACUUCGACAACUUCGUGGCCUGUUUGAUCAGACUGGAGAUGAUGUUCAAGAUCUUCAAGAAGCUUGACCCUAACGACAGCGGCUCCAUUGAGCUCAACUUCGACACGUGGUUAAACUUCUCCAUGGUCUGAGGGGACAUCCCGUUUGCAGCCACCGCUCACCUGUUUACAGCUUCACCUGUUUACAGCUUCACCUGUUUGUCUUAGUUAAUCUGAGAUCUGCUCUUCACCAGACUGACCUUCAAUAAACAUGUACCACACUAAA